CCAACACAUACAGAGAAACAGAGUAUACAUAUACAAGAUGAGCAGGGCCAUGGUACCAUUACUCAUGCUUGGAAUGCUCGUGUUGCCGCCGGCAACAACUGCCAUGGUGACUACGGCUACCAAAAACUCUUACGACUUAUGUGGUAAUUAUGUCAUACCUUUUCCGUUCGGAGUAAGUCCUUCACGCUCCUUGCCUGGUUUCAAUAUCACUUGUGCUGUAGACAAGCGGACCAACAAGGGUCAUCCCAUUCUGGGAAACUCAAUGCUGGAGGUCAAUUUCCCUCCCAAUUCAUCCGACACCUACCUGUUCACCAAUAUCUCUUAUUCCGUGAAGAUGAUUCCCGGUGUCCGCGACCACUCCAUCCACUGGGAAGCUCCAGCUAGGCCCUUUGCCAUAUCUGGCUCCUCGUACAUGUCCUUGUUCGUUGUUGGCUGCGGCGUCAGGGCCUCACUGUACAUUGGUAACUCGGACGUUGAGGUCGGGAACUGCACUGUCGUCUGCGCAGAAGCUCAAAUCAUGGAGAAGCUACCCGAGAGUCUAUGCUGGGGCAUGGUUGGUAUCGGAUGCUGUUCCAUCGGCAUACAGGUGAACCUAAGGGCAUUCACUCUCAACAUCUCGCGCAUCAGCGAAUCUCCAGGCUCCAAACAAGUGCAAGCCAUCAUCACCGAUGAAUUGUACCUAAGUUUCAGGCCGAUUGACGCCUACUCUGGGUCAUUACAGCAAUACUAUGCUCUACUGGAUUGGUCUAUUCCUUACCAGCCCAACUGUAAGCAUGCCAUGGAGGACAAGGACAGCUAUGCCUGCGUUAGCAACCACAGCAAGUGCCAGGACUCGCCUAUCGGUGGAUACCUUUGUUAUUGCCAGUCAGGCGUGGGCAACGCUUACAUGAAUGACGGCUGCAUUGAAGUCAAAGAUAAUCCACCAGCUUACGAUUCCAUCCAGCCGAGAACGAACUGUCCCACAUCAUGCAAUAACGUGAGCACCCCGUUCCCGUUCGGAACAGAACUAGGCUGCUUUGCCAAGCCCCAUCUCUACCUCAAAUGUAUUCCAACGGACACCCUUCCCGUCCUUCAUUUGACUAAUAGAACACUCGUCACAUACAUAUCUAUUGAUGACGGUGUAUUACAAGUUCAUGAGACAUCGGAGCCAGAUGAUUUCAUGUCUGGCUCUGACCGCCCGCCCUACGCCUUAUCUGGAGAGGGAGAAAGGGGCAUGGUGAAGUGGGCUAUUAAUAGCAUGACAUGCGAGCAUGCAAAGCUGAACAAGAGCGACUACAGAUGCUUCAGCAUCCACAGCGAAUGUGUUGAUGUAACUGACGAUAGAACACUCAAACAUAUCGGUUACCGGUGCAAGUGCUCUUCUGGUUUUGAAGGGAAUCCUUACUUUAAGGAUGGAUGCACAGAUACCAACGAGUGCCAUCAGCCAGAUAAAUACAUUUGCAAGGGUAUCUGCCAGAAUAGUUUCGGAAGCUAUACAUGCACCAGUUGUCCUCGUGGAACAGAUUUCCAUAGCUUCACGGGAAAAUGCAAACCAACUACUAUAAUAUUAGGUGUUACUAUUGGAGUAAGCAGUGGUGGAGGCAUUCUGUUUCUUGCCGCGAUUGUUGUUAUUCUUAAUCGGAGAUGGAAGAGAAGUGUCCAGAAAAGUUUGAGAAAGAGGCAUUUCCGUAAGAACAGAGGCAUUCUGCUAGAACAGCUGAUCUCUUCUGAUCAAAAUGCCAGUGAUGGUGGCACAAAGAUAUUCUCCCUGGAGGAGCUGCAAAAGGCAACCAACAAUUUCGAUCACACCCGUGUGGUCGGACGUGGUGGCCAUGGCACCGUCUACAAGGGCAUCCUGACUGACCAGCGUGUGGUGGCCAUCAAGAAAUCAACGCUUGCGGUGAUCAGCGAGAUCGAUGAGUUCAUCAACGAGGUCUCCAUCCUAUCACAGAUCAACCAUCGGAAUGUGGUUAAGCUCCAUGGAUGUUGCCUAGAAUCCGAGGUCCCUCUGCUUGUCUACGAGUUCGUCUCCAACGGCACGCUCUACGACCUCCUGCACCGCGAGCAGAACAGUAGCUUGUCGCCGUUGUCCUGGGAGGAGCGCCUGAGGAUCGCCACCGAGAUUGCGGGUGCGCUCAGGUACCUGCACUCUGCGGCUUCGGUGUCGAUCCUACACAGAGACGUCAAGUGCAUGAACGUGCUCCUGACAGACAGCUACACCGCAAAGGUUUCAGACUUCGGAGCGUCGAGGCUGAUCCCGAUAGAUCAGACUCACCUAAUCACUGCCGUUCAGGGCACAUUUGGGUACCUGGAUCCAGAGUAUUAUCACACUGGCCAGCUCAACGAAAAGAGCGAUGUUUACAGUUUUGGAGUGAUACUCGUUGAGCUGCUGACGAGGAGGAAGCCGAUCAUUCAGAACGAGCAUGGCGAGAAGCAGAACCUGUCCAAUUACUUCUUGUGGGCUAUGAGGGAGAGGCCCCUCGAGGAGAUAGUGGAUGCCCAGAUCCUCGAGGAAGCGAGAGAGGAAGGGGUUCUGUGCAUGGCUCGGUUGGCGGAGGAGUGCCUAUGUCUGACACGAGUGCAGAGGCCUACCAUGAAGGACGUGGAGAUGAGGCUGCAGAUCCUGACGGGGCGCCGUGUUGCACCGAGGGCGGGGCGGGAUGAAGCGGCAUGGCCUUGCUAUGAAGCUGCAGGAGAUGAUAGCCGUGGUGGCGUUGCUCCGGUGAUUGGUCAGCACGGCUCACGUCAGUUCAGCCAAGAGCAGGAGUUCUUGUCGUCUCUGCGUGUACCGCGGUAGUUCGUAGGCAUGAAGCAUACUGUUAGUAUAAAACAAAAGGCAUAUACAGUUGUGUGUAUCCUAAUUACCUUUUUUUCAUGCUUGCAAAAUCCAAUUUUAUAGUGUGUACUGGAAAUUUCAAUUGACAUAUGUAAAAGUGAAUUGCUUGUUGAACCAAUACCCACCAAUCAGCAGAAUCAA